AUGUCGAGAAAACUGCUACAGGUGCCCCCGAGCUCUGAGCUGUCUAAUGCCGUGCCAGCUAUCAAGCCUUCUGAGUCGACUCAAAUCUUUUCCGAUCCCACACCACCAACCACCACCACGCACCUCCUGUCACCAAAACUCCCUCUCAAACCUCUCCCCGAACCAACAACCGAGCCUCUCCCGAACCACCAAACCCUGUCUGUACCAGAUCCCACCGCACCGAAUCCCAUCUUCCCCCAAGGCCCUCUUUUCUCUCAAGACUCCUCGCUUUUGGAUCCUGACGAUCCAGACUACCCAGACGAUCCGGAACGACACGAGGAGCUGCUUUUACGGGCAGUCGGGCAGUUUCUGGGCUGGGCCAUGACCUGCAUCUAUUUUACAGGGCGAUUACCCCCGAUAAUUCUCAACUGCGCGCGCGGGGCGGUUGAAGGGCUGGCGCCGCCCGCUUUUGCGCUGGCGGUGGCUGGGAAUCUGGCGUACCUCGGGAGUAUCCUGGUUCGGUCGCUGGAGUGGAAGCAGGUUCGGCCGAACCUGCCGUGGAUUACUGACAGCGCGUCAUGCCUGGCCAUGGACCUUUUCAUCAUGUGCCAGUAUUGGUACUUCACGUUCAGAGAUAGUGAAUACAAGGACACUGGUGAAUAUGACAUUGUGACUGUCCGUGAUCUCACUGUAACAAAUGGUGAGGCUGACGCUGUGAAGCAAUAA